CUUCAUACGUACUAAGCUUAAUGUUUUGUUCCAUUGGAGUUUUGACAGGCAUGCAACAAACUGAACCUGCAUCAUUCAGUAUAUCCAAUGCAUUACUUCCUUUGACAAAGAGUGAUUCCUUUUUCUGAUCUUGCUACCUCCAACUCAAGAAAGAAUUUUAAGUCACCCAAGUCCUUAUGCUUGAAGUUUUAAUCCAAUAACACAUUAAAUUGAUUCACAGCUUCUUGAUCAUUACUAGCAAUCAGACCAUCAUCCAUAUAUGCUAAAAGAACAAUGAAAGACUGUCCUUGUUGCCUAGUAAAGAGAGAGUAAUCAGCUUUUGACUAAGUAAAGCCCAAUUGGAGUAAAGUUGAUAGAAAAUUUGGAGAACCACUGCCUUGAUGCCUGUUUCAGUCUAUAAAGUGGCUUAUUCAGUUUACAAAUCAUCUCCUCCUUACUGUGAAAGCCUUGUGGAAGAGCCAUAUAAACUUCUAAAUCAAUGAAUCAAAUAUUGAAUAUUAGAGACGCAUGUCUGAGUCUCUGGAAAGCCAAGUACCAGUAUCAUCCAUAAGGCUAACAAUUUUAUUCCUUCUUCUCCUAACCAAGAUGUACAUGCAGUGGACAACAUCAAAAUCCAAAAAAAAAUGGGAUAAGAUACGCAUGAAGAUGAGGUCAAGUCAACGACAAAAACAACAUAAGGGCAUGAUAUCAUGGAUUUCCCAAAAGAAAUUUGAUAGUACAGAAAAAAGCCUGAUUAUGGAAAACAUAAAUCAGAGAUAUGAAGAAGGCGAAGACGUUAAUGUGGAAAACCUGGUCCCCGAUCUUCCAACGGAUCUUCAAACGAAAGUUAAGCGCCAUAUCUGCUUACAGAUACUAAAGAAUCUAAAAAUCAUGAAAGAUAAUGGCUUGGAUAAGCGUACACAACUGUUGCAUAAGAUUUGCGACUCUCUCCAGCCAAAGUUCUACAAUGAGCAUUGCUACAUUGUCAAGGAGGGAGACCCUAUUGAUGCAUUGUUCUUGAUUACAAAUGGCAUUGUAUGGACUUAUUCAAGCAAUAAUGGUGAAGGAUCUGACUCUCGACAUGCUGAGCGUCUUGAAAAAGGUCAGCACUUUGGAGAAAAACUUCUUGAAUGGGUUUUGAAACCCACCUCCGACGACAUGCGCAACCUAUCCAUACUUCCUGUUUCUUCAAAAACCCUCAAAACCCACACAAAAGUGGAAGCCUUCGCUCUAAUGGCCCACGACUUCAAAAAAAUAAUGGAGUCUAAGUUCUCACUAUUAGGACCCGAGGAAUUGCAAUCCAAGGCUGCAAUUCGUGUACAACGAAGUUGGCGCCAGCAUCGUGCAAAGACGGAUGAUGAUGUUGUUCUAGACAGGGCAGCUUCUCUUUGAAAAGCAGAGAUGAUUUUGAUAAAGACAAUGGAAACGGUGUCGUGUUGAAUCCCAUUUGUCAGGUGCACCGUAUCACUUAAAAUCCUGAGUUUGCAAUUAAGAGAAAAACGCUGUGUUUCAUUUAUUCAGUUAUUUUAGCUUUUGAUUUCUGUUUUUCGCACGUGUAAUAGGUGGUUAAGUUGUUAAGCCUGUUGUAACAGAAUCUCCACCUUUUUAGCUUAGCUUUCUCUCUCCUCUGUGAUUAUAUAAACAGAGCCGGACUCAAUGAUUUAAUUAGCUAGCCAUUUUAUGCAAUAGUAGAAAUCUUUCUAUUUAGAA